AUGGCGCAAUCAGGCUACUCCAACCCGCUGAAGAAGUUCAAGCUGGUGUUCCUGGGCGAGCAGAGCGUCGGCAAGACGUCUCUGAUCACCCGGUUCAUGUACGACUCGUUCGACAACACCUAUCAGGCUACGAUUGGUAUCGAUUUCCUGUCCAAGACCAUGUACCUUGAGGACCGCACGGUCCGGUUACAGCUUUGGGAUACUGCCGGUCAGGAGCGUUUCCGCAGCUUGAUUCCCUCGUACAUCCGCGAUUCCAGUGUCGCCGUCGUCGUCUACGACAUUUCCAACCGCAAGUCCUUUGAGAACACGCGGAAAUGGGUGGAUGACGUUCGCGGCGAGCGCGGCAAUGACGUGAUCAUUGUCUUGGUCGGUAACAAGACGGACUUGAACGACAAGAGGGAGGUCACGACGGCGCAGGGCGAAGAGGAGGCCAAGAAGAACAACCUCAUGUUCAUCGAGACCAGCGCGAAGCUCGGCCACAACGUGAAAACGCUUUUCCGGCGCAUCGCGCAGGCGCUGCCCGGCAUGGAGGGCGAGAACCAGCAGAACCCCAGCCAGAUGAUCGACGUGAACGUCAACCCCAAUCCUCCCGAGGAGGGCCAAGGAUGCGCCUGCUAA